AAUCCCAGCUUUUAACACAGCGCGAUGGCCUCCAGUAGACAGCUCGAACCUCCACGCUCUUAAACCUCGCCGUUUUCUUUGCCAUUUGUUUUCCUCUUUUUCAUAACUGCUACUCGGAAGUCAGUUUUUCUUUUAUUUGCUGUCUUACGACAGACAGAAAAAAACAAGAUUUUUGGGGAUAUGUUUGGUAAUACCUGAAGAUCAUGACAUCGGAGAGAGGAGCGCAACAAGUGCGCUAAGAAUUUCUCGCCUCACCUAUUUGGGUCAACCAGGGUUAGAUAUUUAUUUAUGUUUUUACCGUUGGGCACAAUCUCUUUUACGUUUUUUUAAACGGCAAUAGGCUCACUAGUUGUCAUCGCUGGGUUGUUUAUUUUGAGUAGCUGCUUCGUUUCCUUCAACCCCACAGACUAUGUCGGGUAACCUAUGAUCCACAGAUAAUACUGAUCCCAACUGCGUGUGAGUCGUCAACAGCAGUCAGGUGAGACCUCACACCUGAAACUACAGAAAUGGGUCCAAAACAGAGCAUUCCUGCUAACAGCGGUCGGGUCAGAGCUUAUUCCGGCUCGGAUGUCCCUUCGUCCACUUCUGGUAACGGGGCAGGUAGGACUGCUGGGUUGAGAGGCACAGCGGGGAUUUCACAAAUGGGUCAAAGGGGCAGAUACAACCAAGGUACCAGGCCGAAUUCACUUCACCAAGCAGCGGUUAAUAUACCAAACAGCGGUGGGAAUCACAGUAGCAGCGAUGACACCGAUGGAGAGACAGAUCUACCCGGCAGGAGUAGGCUCCUGAUAGGAUCCUUACCAGCCCACCUCUCACCGCACCUACUUGGAGGGUUUCACUGUCCCGUAUGCUCCAAGUUUGUCCCGUCUGAUGAGAUGGACCUGCACCUUGUCAUGUGUCUCACCAAACCCAGACUCUCCUAUAACGAGGACGUCCUAGCAAAGGAUUCUGGGGAGUGUACAAUAUGCUUGGAUGACAUGGUCCAGGGAGACACCAUUGCUCGCCUGCCUUGUCUCUGCAUUUAUCAUAAAGGCUGCAUAGAUGAGUGGUUUGAGGUGAACCGGUCUUGUCCAGAACACCCAUCUGAUUAAGACACAGAGCAUAUAGAGGUUUUGUAUAUUGGGGAACAGCUGAGAAUAUUCUUCACAAAAAACCCGGCAGCGACACAAGGGCACUUGGACUCUAUUGCUUCCCUCCUGCCACAAGACAUAUCAGUGCCACCACAAAGGGCUUCCACUGCUCCAAGGACUCACCAAAGUGCCAAAAACGUAGCAUCUUCUAGUAAAGCAAAUCCUCUGGGAUUUCAUGUUGUUGGUUUUGCACUCCCAAACCUAACUCCAUUCCACAAAAGAAAGCAAGGUUGCUGGAUCACUGACCAGGGAGGGUCCUUUCUGGUCUGUUUGAGCUUUACAUGACCUUUGAAUGACCAAACCACAGGCCUGAAUCAUCAGCAUGGUCUGGGGUCAGUGAAUAGGUCAGGGUAGAGGAUAUGUAUGGUUUAAAGAGCGUGACAAAUGAAUGAAUGUAUCAAACCGUGUUGCCCAGAGAUAUUCCCAUUUCGGCAUGAAGGGCAGAGACACACAAGGGAUGAUUUCAGGGAAAGAUAUGUACAUAUUUAUGAUCAGAUAUUAACGUGAUCUUAACUUUGUAAAUCACUGUUGCCAAUUGAAAAUGAUGUAAUGAUAGUAAUGACAGUUUAAUUACAGCAUUGCAGUUCUCUCUCAGCUUUAGUAGCAGAUGAUUCCCAACAACAAUAACCGGGCGGUCUGUCUAGCAGGCCGGUGAAGGUAUGCAGCAUUACAUUCCAUAUCUGUGUAGGAACGUAACUGGCCUCUGAUGGACAAAAGAACGAGUCAGUGAUGUCACUGACUAGAGUGCUCGUAAACACAUCUGGACAGAUAAUGGACUCCAUGGACAAGAAAGGCCACCCUAGGCUAGGAAUGUGGUACAGUGUGAAAUAAGUGCCAUUCUUUUGUGUAAAAUAUGCUGCUGUAAUAUACAUAUAUGUUGUGCGUAUGUGUGUGUGUGUGUGUGAGAGUGCGAGCGUGUGUCAGAUAUGUCACGAACGAGAUCAACCAAAGAAGAACACCACUUUACUUUGUGCUUAGUCAUUUAAUCAAAUAAGACCACUGCAGCUUAAAAACUUUUACUGUAUAUAAAUGAAAACAAAGUUAUGUACACCUGCAAGAAAAUCAUCGAACACUUCAAUAACAGGUGACAUAAUGACUAUGAUGAGUUUAAAAUUAAUAUUAUGGAUCAUAGUCCAAUACUAUACCAAUUUACUAAAUAUCAUUAAUUCAGUUCAGUAGUCCUGUCUGUGUCUUUUAUUUCUAUAGAGAACAGGUGGUCUGCAAAGGUAGUUAAUGAUUACAUUAUUAGGGAUAAAAACAAGCAUUAUGACAGUGCUCUGAAAGGAUUCAGAUCUCUUGUGUGAGCUGCUACUUGAGUUAUUUUCCCUGUACAACUUGACACUGAUGAUUGUUCAAAUAAACUUUAGCUGUGCUAGCUAGGUUUUUGUUCAUGGA